GUGCCUGGAAAGUCCCGGUGGAAAUCCCCGCGGCGCGGCGGUAAAACAGAAAGGGAAAAGGAGAAGCGGCAGUCCGCCCGGGCGCCGACAGCCUGACAGCCCGCCGCCGACAGCCGUGCCGCGCCGCCUCCGCCCGCCGCCGCCCUGGACCCGGGCCCGCGGGCCGCACAGGUGUUGUGGAGCACCAUGGCUGAGCAGCUCCUUCCUCAGGCUCUGUAUCUGAGCAAUAUGCGGAAAGCUGUGAAGAUCAGAGAGAGGACUCCAGACGAUAUUUUCAAACCUACUAAUGGAAUCAUUCAUCAUUUUAAGUCCAUGCACCGAUACACCCUGGAAAUGUUCAGAACUUGCCAGUUUUGUCCACAGUUUCGGGAGAUCAUCCACAAAGCGCUCAUCGACAGAAACAUCCAGGCCUCCCUGGAAAGCCAGAAGAAGCUCAACUGGUGUCGAGAAGUCAGGAAGCUUGUGGCGCUGAAAACAAACGGUGAUGGAAACUGCCUCAUGCACGCUGCCUCUCAGUACAUGUGGGGUGUUCAGGACACAGACCUGGUCCUGAGGAAGGCGCUCUUCAGCACCCUCAAGGAGACGGACACGCGCAACUUCAAAUUCCGCUGGCAGCUGGAGUCCCUGAAAUCUCAGGAAUUUGUGGAAACGGGGCUUUGCUAUGACACGCGGAACUGGACCGAUGAGUGGGACAGCCUCGUCAGAAUGGCGUCCGCAGACACCCCGGGGGCCCGCGGUGGCCUUCAGUACAGCUCCCUGGAAGAGAUACACAUAUUUGUCCUCUGCAACAUCCUCAGAAGGCCCAUCAUUGUCAUUUCAGACAAAAUGCUGAGAAGUCUGGAGUCAGGUUCCAAUUUUGCUCCUUUGAAGGUGGGCGGGAUUUACUUGCCCCUCCACUGGCCAGCCCAGGAAUGCUACCGAUACCCCAUCGUCCUCGGCUACGACAGCCACCACUUCGUACCCCUGGUCACCCUGAAGGACAGCGGGCCUGAAAUCCGAGCUGUUCCACUUGUUAACAGAGAGCGAGGAAGAUUUGAAGACUUAAAAGUUCACUUCUUGACGGAUCCUGAAAAUGAGAUGAAGGAAAAGCUCUUGAAAGAAUAUCUGAUGGUGAUAGAAAUCCCGGUGCAGGGCUGGGACCACGGCACCACCCACCUGAUUAAUGCUGCCAAGCUGGAUGAAGCUAACUUACCAAAAGAAAUCAAUCUGGUGGAUGAUUACUUUGAACUGGUCCAGCACGAGUACAAGAAGUGGCAGGAGAGCAGCGAGCUUGGGCGGAGAGAGACUCGCGCCCAGAACCCUCUGGAGCCAUCCCUUCCCCAGCUUUCUCUCAUGGACGUCAAAUGCGAGACGCCCAACUGCCCCUUCUUCAUGUCCGUGAACACCCAGCCCUUGUGCCACGAGUGCGCAGAGCGGCGGCAGAGGAGCCAGAACAAAUCCCCGAAGCUGAGCUCCAAGCCGGGCCCUGAGGCGCUCCCCGGCGUGGCGCUCGGGCCCUCUCGCGGGGAGGCCUGUGAGCCCCCAGCCUGGAGCCCCGAGGAGCCAGCUGGGGGGCCCCACUCAGCCCCGCCCACGGCACCCAGCCUGUUCCUGUUCAGUGAGACCACCGCAAUGAAGUGCAGGAGCCCCGGCUGCCCCUUCACUCUGAACGUGCAGCAUAACGGGCUCUGUGAGCGUUGCCACAGCGCGCGGCAGCUCGGCGUGGGCCGCCCCUCGGACGGCACAAGGCACGUGGACCCCGGCCGGUGCCGUGCCUGCCUCCAGGACGUCACCAGGACGUUUAAUGGGAUCUGCAGCACCUGCUUCAAAAGGACUACGGCAGAGCCGCCCUCGGACCUGGGCGCCAGCGUCCCUCCCUCUUGUCACCAGCGGUCCAAGUCGGACCCCUCGCAGCUCAUCCAGAGUCUCUCCCCUCACUCUUGCCGCAGGGCUGGGAACGAGGCCCCCUCUGGCUGCCUAUCUCAGGCUGCCCGGCCCCAGGGGGACAGGACGGCGACGAGCAAGUGCAGGAAGGCUGGCUGUGUGUACUUUGGGACUCCAGAAAAUAAGGGCUUUUGCACGCUGUGCUUUAUCGAGUACAAAGAAAACAAACACUUUGUCGCCGCCUCAGGGAGAGCCAGCCCCACAGCCUCCAGGUUCCAGAACGCCGUCCCCUGCCUGGGGAGGGAGUGUGGCACCCUCGGAAGCACCGUAUUUGAGGGAUACUGUCAGAAGUGCUUCAUUGAAGCUCAGAAUCAGAGAUUUCACGAAGCCAAGAGGACUGAGGAGCAGCUGGUGAGACACUCGGAGAGGUCGAGCCAGCGCAGAGACGGGCCUCGGGCCCCCCAGAGCAACGCCAGGCCCAAGUGCGCCCGGGCCUCCUGCAAAAACAUCCUGGCCUGCCGCGGCGAGGAGCUGUGCAUGGAGUGCCAGCACCUUGGCCAGCAUGCGCUGGGCGCCCACCGAGCGGAGCCCGCUCCCGAGGAGCCCGCCACACAGCGCUGCCGGGCCCCCGCCUGCGACCACUUCGGCAACGCCAAGUGUAACGGCUACUGCAACGAGUGCUUUCAGUUCAAACAGAUGUACGGCUGACCGACACGGGUGGGCCAGCCAGCCGAGGGGCCUCGAGCCGCCAGCCAGCACAGCGCUGUCCUCCAGACACCCAUCCACGCAGGUCACUCCCUGCAGCGAGGGCUCCAGGGUGUCUCUGAGCAGAGGAGGAAAGACAGGGGAACAUCCCCAAGUGGCCUUAGAGCAACGCUCGUGACUGGCAGCAGAUGGUGUGGGGUCAGCCCGGGCUCCUCCCACCAGGCGGAAGACCAGGAACUUUGUGGGCUUAGAAUGCAUGCCGGACUGCUUGGUCAUCUUUCGAGAAAAGGGCGAAGACCCCCAGUCAGGCGGCCUGGGAGACCAGAGCCCUUCCGCCUGCCCUUGGUCAGCCGUUCUCGGAGCCUGAAGCUGCAUCUUCGGGGCCCACGGCCAUCUGCGGGAAGCUCGGAAGCUCAGGGAAAGUGGACAUAUUCAGAGCGUCAGCAAUUAAUUGCUUCUCCCUCUCUGCCUCGUCCCUGUGCCAUGGACACAGCACCAGCAGAGCCGUCCGCGGGCUGUCUUCUGAGGCUGCUGAGACUGAAUACAUUCACACUUAAAAGCAAACCAGCUGCUCUUAACAAUAUGCACCUUUUAGAAACCGGACUGUUUCCGUGGGGAGAGGUGUACCUCUUGGUUGUCACUGUCUCCACUGCUGAAGCGGUGGGCUUUAACUGAGGUGUGCGUAAAGAUAUGUACAUGUAUGAUGUCCCUCCGGUUAUGGAUGAGGGAAGUUUUUAUUAUGUUGAAAGACUGCCCUAGAAGUUUAAAGAGGAGAAUGAAUAAUAAUAACCUAUUUUCUGGUUGUUGGCACCCCUCGUACAUACAGCUUGCAUGAACUCGGCCAACUGUCCUGUUGUGUCUGUGUAAUUCACUUUAUUUAUUUUAUUGCAAACAUCAAGAUUAUUUAAAUGAAAAUAUUUCUUCUGCUCUGGGAAAGACUCUGGCGUCUUCCUGAGAGAACCUCCUCGCCCUGGGUCAUGCUCCUGACCGCGGUGGGGGCUGGCCUCUCCGAUGCACUUUGAUGCCUCCCUGGGGGACAAGGGACUGCGUCACAGUGAGCUCAUAAAAUCUCCUGCUCCCUCUCUCUGGGGCUGUGGCCAGAGCCACUUCCUAGCCACACUGUGGAGAGUGUUCUCCACAGAACGUAGAUGCCUCUGAGUACCUACCUCCAUAGAGAUAAGAUUGGGAGGGAGCAGGUCAAGGGAAGGACAUGGCCUUCAGUGAUGCCGUGUCCUGCUGCGUCCUGGGGUGCUGGGCAGUGGCCUCUCGUCCAGCGACACCCUGGCACUGCGCGUGUGAGGCAAUCUCUCUGUGUCCUUGGCCUUCGGUUUGUCCCUGCUUUGUGUUCCUGUCACACUUGUUCUAGCACAAAAAGGGGGAAACACGUUGUCCCAGAGGUGAAGGCGGCCUGUGUUUGGUCUGGACGAGGGCCUGAGAGCAGCUGCCCUCUACAGCUCCGGGAAGCCCUUCCUUGUGGGCCAGAGGUGUUUCCCCCUGGAGUCUUUCUCCCUGACGUCUCUCUGUAAUUUCUUUCUAAAGAUUUCAAAUAAACUCCAGUGUUUUCUCUAGUUCUUUUAAAGUUAAUAUUUUAAUAUUUUGUAUCAAUAUUUUCAUUCUUAAUGUGAAAAAUGGAAUUAUUUAUACUUAUUAUAGAAAGCGUUUGAAAUUUGCACAUUUAGUUGCCCUGAAACAGUUCUGUUUACUCUCUGUUGGUUUCUUCUAGUUUUCUUAAAUAAGUUCAACUUCUCACAAAAGUCAAUAUUAAAAAAUAAAUU